GUUUACAACUGGUGACGGGAGUAGGUCACAGUGCGGAAGAAAAUAUUGUUUAAAGCCCGAUUCCAAGCUGGCGAUGGUAAUGGCAGACAGAUACGUUGCAGAUAUAAGAAAUGGUCGAAGGUAUCGUGGUGCAAGUCCAACAAAUGGUUUCUCCGAAGAUAGCAGCGACGAGGAAGAACGUGGGGGCGGGGGAAUGCGAGUUGGGAACGACUACCAGGUGAAGGUCCCUGCAUUUGAUCCAGAAGCCAAGCCAGAUAACAAAGCAGAUGCCAUUCUUGUCUGGGCACCAAGUCCCGAAUUAAGAGAUGCUAAAAUUGAUGAAUAUUUGACUAUUUCAAAGGAGAAACAUGGCUAUAACAUGGAACAAGCACUCGGUAUGCUAUUUUGGCACAAACACAAUGUUGAGAAGGCCCUUGCAGACUUACCAAACUUCACGCCGUUCCCGGAUGAGUGGACUGUGGAGGACAAGGUGCUGUUUGAACAGGCAUUUAGUUUCCAUGGCAAGAGUUUCCACAGGAUACGUCAGAUGUUGCCUGACAAGUCUAUUGCUGCCCUGGUGAAGUAUUACUACUCUUGGAAGAAGACUCGGUCCCGGACCAGCUUAAUGGAUAGACAGGCGAAGAAAUUCAAUGCUAAGGGUGAAGGUGAUAAAAUUGAUGAGGAAUCUGAAAAUGGGAGCAAGAACAACUCUGACACAGAGGAAGUAAAAGAGGAAAAUAAGGAUGAGACGACAUGUUCGAACUGCGGAGUGACGUCCUCACAGCUGAAUCCAACACCAAAGGGCUCUUUGUGCUCAUCCUGCUACCAGUAUUGGAGGAGAACUGGUGUAAUGCGUAGUAUGGGAGCAAAGCGUCACGAGCCAGGCCAGCACCGGCACAACCCAAUGAAACAUCGCCGCAAGCCACCCCGGGGCAUGUAUCUGCAGGCAGAAGACCUUAAAUCCAUGGUUACAGGGCCACAGGGACAGGCAGAGGCCUUGCUGAAAAACCUUGACUCUGAGCUUGUGGCUGCUAAGCGAUCAGUUCAGAACAACAAGCAGAUGUUAGGUAUGCAGAAGCAUAAGUUGGGCUCAAGUACAGAGAUGUUCCGGUGUGCUGAUAACAUGGCAAAGAUCAACGCUAAAUGGACCAAUGAAGAACUCCUCCUUGCAGUGCAAGGUAUUCGUAAGUAUGGGAAGGACUUUGCGGCCAUAGCAGAGGUGAUAGGCACAAAGACAGAGGCCCACCUGCGGAGUUUCUUCGUGAAUUUCCGGCGACGGUACAACCUUGACGAGGUGUUGGCGGAGUACGAGGCAGAGCAUGGUCUCCAACCCAGCAAGGACAAGCCAGACAAUGACGUGGAGAUGAUGGAGGUAGACAGUAAGGAGGAGCCUGUGAAGGCCCCAUCACCAAGCCCAGCUCCCCCACCCCUUGUGAAACAGCCUGCAGAGCCCAGUCCUGCUGCCGUUGCAGCCAGGCGUGGAGCAGGAAAUGCCCAGAAGACUAUCUUACAGCAGCCCCCGCCACUGAUCAAGCCUGCUAGCAACACCAGUGCCAGCAACAACACUGGCAUCACCACACUUAGUGCCUCGUAGUUGUCUAUCUUUGCAAGGCAAGGCAGUGGGCACAGACCAGUAGUGAAUACAGACUAAACACAGGCAUACUCACACAGCAGCUGACUUUAUCAAUCAAGCCUGCUGUUGUUCUGACCCAGAAACUUUCUAUGAAAAGGGCCUUCUAUGGAACAUCUUACUUGCUGUGCUGCUGAACAGGAUAAGUGCUGUGUAUGUUUUAUCAUUCUAAUAUUGUCUGCUGGCCAGUAAUGCCACAUCAAAUAGAUGUUUUGUUUGAUUUAUUUACUGCUCCUAUUUUACAGAAAUACCAAACAUUUUUUUUAUCCAACCAUUCAUAUUUUUCACCCAAAAAUUGAAAGAUGACUUCUUUUUUUUACUUAUAGCCAUGUUUCAUAAUCGAUGGAUAAAUGAAUACCCAAUUCAGAUUUGCUUGAACUUCCACAUAGAAGUAGGGACAUGGUUACUAACCGUUAGUAGUGCAAAAUAUUAUUAUUCUAAACGCUACAUUAUCUAAGAAUAAAUGAGCACACCAUGGCCAUCUCCCAUUCUUUGAUUUGCCCAAAUCCAUGAAACAAAAUGUGAAUUUGGUGUGGGCCCACGUGGCCCAAUUAAUAAAAACAUUUUUCAUUCCAAAGAAAGCAGACUACUAAAUAUAUUGUGCACAUACAAACAUGUAUACAUUCAUGUAAAAAUCAUUGUCUCACUUAAUUUUCAUGUCUCCAUUAAAUCAUUCACCAUUUCUUUUCUUGUUUUGGUUCAAAUGCCAAUUUUUGAUGUAAAUAAAUAUACUUGAACAAAGUGAAGGUAGACAGUUUUAAUAAUCUGUUAGUAAUUUUAAUUGUACAUACCUGGUAAUUCUGAUCAAGUUCUUUUACUGUUCAUACCAAAACUUGUGUAACUGAACUCCUAGUAGAAAAUGUGGUAGGUUUUGUACAACUUUCUCGGAAUGUUUGCACGACUAUUUAUUAGUGUCAAAAAUAAGGACCAGUCAUUUUCUUACUUAAUAGUUGUAAAUUUAAAUGUUGAUUGCCUUUAUAUUUAAUAAUUGUAAAUUGAAAUGUAUAUUGUGUUUAGUUUUCAUUUCAAGUCACAUUGGUAUGUUUUAGUUCCAAGCAAUGUAUGAGUUUGUGUUCACUUAUGUUACAAAUGUUUUGUAUGUAAAGUUUAAAUGUUUCUAUGUUUGUAUUAUUAAAUUAUUGUUUGUAUUUGUAGAUGUAUAAAACUGUUCAAUAAAUAAUGUCAGUUUUU